UUUCAUUUUGUCCUCUUUUUCUUUUUGCGAAAUCCACCCCUCUCUCUCACACUUUCUCUCACUACCCACAUUCAGAUACCUUGACUCAGUUGGUUAGCCGCACAUCACAAAAACCCUUUUCCGUUUUCCUCUAUUGAACGAACAUGCCUCCAUCCACCACUCUCCACCACGCUUGCGCCACCGUGUAUUCCUAGACCAUCGCCGUUCUACAGAUUUUGUGUGUAGGUUGUUUUUGUGUGUAAUAAAAUGAAAAUGAAAGCACAAAGCAGCAGCAAUGGGUCUAGGGUUCAUAAAAAUGGAGAAGAAGGACCAACAUGGAUUAUUAUUGCUGCUGGUGCUUUGUUGAGUACAUUGUCUAUUCGUCUUGGUUACAAGUUGAAACAAGCUAUUGACUCAAAGCCCCCUCCACCCAAGCAUGAGAAUCUCAAAGGAAAUGGAAAAUCCUCCAACAUAAGGAAACCUUCACCUUCAGAUUGCUUUAAUGGAUAUUCCCAAAUGCAAGAUAAUAGUAAUAAUAAUAAUCAUGCCUUCUUCACUUGCAAUUCAGGAACUGGAGGUUCUAUGGAACUAAAGCGUGCACAAAGUGAACAGAUGUUGAGUGAAUUCAAUGGGGCACUCCCUUUGGUGACUGUUCCUCCUGCUGAGUUUAGCAAAGAAAAUGGUGUUGUCUGGGCUUGCUCUCCUGAUCGUCUUGAACUGCCUUCAAAGCCAUUUCAUCUUUCAAACUGCUCGGAUUCACCAUGUGUAUCAGAAUCUGGUUCUGAUAUUUUCAGUAAGCGGGAAGUCAUACAGAAAUUGCGCCAACAAUUGAAGAGAAGAGAUGAUAUGAUACUAGAGAUGCAAGAUCAAAUGGCUGAAUUGCAAAAUUCACUCAAUGCCCAGCUCGGACUUUCUUCUCAUUUGCAAUUGCAGCUUGAAGCUGCAAACAGGGACUUAUUUGACUCCGAGAGAGAGAUCCAACGGCUAAGGAAAGCAAUUGCAGAUCACUGUGUUGGAUAUGUCCCCCAUGACAAAUCAUCUACAGGAACAGCUUGGUCUGUUGACACUAGAAACGGCAAUCCAAAUGGGCAUCUUGAUGGGGAUAAUAAUUUGGACACCCAUGAAAAAACAAAGGAUGAGGAAGAGCGAAUUGAGAUGCUGAAAAGGCAAGUGGGAGAAUUGAAGGAGGCGAUAGAAGGAAAGGAAUACUUGCUCCAGAGCUACAAGGAGCAAAAGUCCGAACUCUCUCUGAAGGUCAAAGAAUUGCAGCAGAGAUUGGAUUCUCAGCUGCCUAAUAUUUUGUAGAGUUUGUGAAUACUUUUCGUUUUUAGUGUCUUCCCUCAUUCUUUAUUUUCUCACUGUAAUUAGCUCAACUUUGAUUGUUUGAUAUAAUUUCAAAAGUUUGUGCGGUGUGGUGAACUUGAGGGCUGCAUAUUCAAAACGGCGAGAUGAAUGCGUAUUGCUCCAUGAAAUAGAAAAUGUUACUCCUAUGACGUCCUAA